AUAAGGCCUAGUCUAAGCAAAUCCAAACGCGCGGAUUCAUUUUUAAAUGUUUCUUUUUUACUAAAAUAAGCAAUUUAAUUGUUUAGCUAAGCUAAUUUUACAAUGACGGGCCACGGGGACUUAAGCCCCGAGAAGCUGGUUGGCCGCAUUCAUUCAGUUUACUGCAAAGACUUCGUCUCCUACAGCGAGAUAACAUUCCACCCGAAGCAUUAUCUAAACGUUCUGACUGGUCCAAAUGGCAGUGGGAAGUCCACUAUUGUCUCGGCCAUUAUCCUGGGUCUGGGAGGCGACCCGAAUCUGUUGGACCGGUCCUCCAGCGUUUCGGAUUACAUUCAAAGCAACAAAACUUCUGCUACAAUCAUUGUCAGAGUUUACGGAAAGGAACCUGAAACAACAGAGGCAUUCCGGAGGAUUAUCAAUUCAAAUGGAACUUCUGUUUACUCUGUCAAUAAUAAAAAUACGACCAAGAGUAACUUUUUGGCCGUUGUGGCUUCUUACAAUAUACAAGUCAGCAACUUGUGCCAGUUUUUGCCCCAAGAUCGUGUUCAGGAUUUUUCAAAAAUGAAUCCCCAAGAACUGCUGCUAAACACUAUGUCUUCCGUGUGCGAUGACGAACUUACCCAAGGUUUCAAUUCAUUAAAAGAGAUGCGCGCAAGCCAGGCGACCGUCAACAUUGACCGCGAUAAGGGGAAAAAUGAUCUUCAGAAAAAGCAGAAACGUUUGGAACAGAUGCAACAGUGUGUGGAGCAGUAUAAGGAGCGCCAGGAAAUCCAGCAAAAGCUUAAUAUAUCUAAUGUCAAGAAAUUGUGGAUGGAGACACAAGCUGGAGAAGAAAAGGCCAAGAAUUUCAAAGACUUGGUUGACAACGCCAAAGCUACCUACGACGAGAUAAAGGUGCGAUACGAUUCCAAAGUUCGGGCUCAGGAGCAAAUUCAGAAAAAAAAGAUGGAGCUUCAAGAAGAUGUGCUCAAAAAGACUCAACAAUUGAAUAAAGCUCAGGAACAAAACAAAUUUUUGGAGAAGGAAAGAGAUUCCAAAAUGCAAAAAGUCCGUGAAAGUCAAGUCGUACUACAGCAAAAUAUACAAAGAUCCGUAAGAAGCGGCGAAGAAGCCAACAAAUUACAAAAAUUAGUGGAUAACAAAAAAGCGGAGCUAGAAAACUUUAAUACAAACAAGGCCUCAGUUAUAUCCGAACUUCAAAAAAUAAGAGAAUCAUUGGACUCGGCUCGAAAUCAAGCUAUGAGACAGUAUAAUAAACGAAAAGAAAUCGAAAUGAGAUUGAACGAUGUAAACAUUCCGGAAGUCGCAGCUCAUAAACAUCGGAUGAAUAGACUGGAAAAUGUAAAAAUACAAAAACUUGAAGAAAUCAGUCGAAGAACUCCAAAUCUAGCCAAGGCCAUGAAUUGGGUAGCCCAAAAUAAGCAAAGAUACAAAUGCAACGUCUAUGAUCCAAUGAUAUUUGAGCUUUCCAUGCAAAAUAAUGAUGCUUCAAAAUAUCUUGAAAAUGUUGUAAAUGCGCGGGAUUUGAUGGCAUUUUCUUGUGAGGAUAAGCAGGAUAUGUCUGAUUUGAUUAAUGAGCUUUGCGUUAAGCAAAAAUUGGGGGUCAACGUUAUAUAUUGUAACCCAUCCACUCAAUGCAUGUAUACUCCAAAAAUUCCUAUAAGCGAGCUGCGGUCGUUGGGCUUUCACUCCUAUCUUGUGGAACUUGUUACUGGACCAUUUCCUAUUAUUAACAAAUUGUGCGCAGCCUACGGCAUUCAAAACAUUCCGAUCGGCUCAGAUGCGGUUGGUAAUAACACAUCGUCGAUUCCGAAGGGGAUUAAAAUCUAUUUUGGAGGGGAUAAACGUUAUUCGGUAACUACAUCCCGGUAUCGCUCAGAUUGUAUACUAACGGAAAGCGUAAUCCGAGGAAAAAAUCUACUUAUCGCAGUAGAUGCUCAACAAUUGGCAACGGUGCGAAAAUUGCAUUCUCAAGCCGUUAAGGAAGGUGACAAACUCAAGAAUGCCAUGACUAUGGCCGAUAAUGAGUUCGAGCGUAUUCAGAUAGUUAUAAAGGAUGAGCAGGAAAAAAAGAAGAAAUUAGAUCAAAAGGUUUCGUAUUUUAAUAAUCUUAGAAGCGAAGUUGAAACCCUUAUGGAAAAACUAAACAGUCUCAGAAAAACCGAUGCAUUGGAUGCCAUCAAGUCAAAUCAUUAUAAUAAACUGGAAAAUGAGAUGGAAAAAAUAGAAGCCGAUGAAUCUAAAUUAUUUAUUAACUCUGAAGAACUAAAAAAAUGUACGGUUGCAAAAAAGGCGUCGCAAACAGUAUUAUCUAUGUAUACGGUGCAGAAUGCGAGCCAAGCAGAAGCACUCAAGGAACUUGAGCAUGAGACUCAAGAGACAAACAGAAUGUAUAAGAAAUUAUUAGAUAACCUGCGUCGUCAAUUGGAAGAUGUUAAUAGCCGAAAAGAAGAAAUACAGCGAAAUUGUAACGGCGAGCUUCCAACUAGCUCAAAAUUCCCCUUUAAAAAGGAGUUUAAAAAUAUGAGUGCAUUGAGCUUGGACCAAGUUCGCGAAUCCAUUCACGAUUUAGAGGCUAGACUGGAAUGCAUGAAAAACGUCAAUUCGGAGGCCCUCUUGGUCUAUCAUGAGCUAGAAAACGAAGUUAAAAGGCUUCAAGACUCUAUUAUGAGAUCUUCAAACGAAGAGAAGACAAUCGAGUCUAAUAUGUCAAGACUAUUCGAAAAAUGGGAACCGAAAUUAAAUGGCCUUGUGGAAACGAUCAGUGCCAAGUUCAGCGAAUUUAUGGAAUCAAUCGAAUACAUUGGUGAAGUUGUGUUAUCUAGGGCAGAUAAAUAUGACUUUGAUUCAUACGGAAUCCAGAUAAUGGUCCAGUUUAGAAAAGGUGCCCAGCUACAACCGUUGGACAAAUUCAUUCAAUCAGGUGGCGAACGGGCGGUGUCCAUUGCCAUAUACUCUUUAUCAUUACAACAUGUUACUCAUGUGCCAUUCAGAUGUGUUGACGAAAUAAACCAAGGUAUGGAUGCUACAAAUGAGCGACAUAUAUUCGAUUUACUCCUCAGAGAAGCUACAAAACAUGGAUCAGCUCAGUAUUUGUUUGUUACUCCAAAGUUACUGCGAGAUCUAAACUACAAUGAGCAUUUGUGUGUGUCCAUCGUUCACAACUCAAAAACAGUGACAAGUGGUACAAAGUUUCCAACGAUUUAAUGUUUUAUGGAAGCUUUUGCUUUGUACGAGAACUUGUUUUCCCCCCACUUAUGUUUACGUUUGUCUAACUAAUA